AUGGAUAUUGUACUGUUGGGCCUAUCGCCCAACUCGUCGCGAUCCAAAAAGAUACUCAGAGUUGUCAACAGCAACAACCGUAUAUCAAUUGCAAUAAGUAAACAGUUUGAAACCCUCAAUGCCUUCACCAAGACAUUUUUAGCAAUCCAAUAUCAACAGCAACAACAAGUUGAGGGCACCGCUCAAAAACAACCAGAAGGAAACGAACAAUUACAAGAGAUAUUCAAGGACUUGUUCCUUUUGCUUGAUGUCGAAAGCUUUAGCUUGGAAAAAGUGACAAAUAUCAAUUUGGAGAAGCUCAAGGAUAUCCAGUCUAGGCUUUACGGAGUCACCCCGCACGGGAAGAAUGAUGAAACGAUAGUGACGCUAAUCAACGAAUAUACGAUACUUGCCUUGAGUUUGAACUUGUCAAACUCGCUCAUUUACAAGACAUUGAUUUUGAAGAACCAGCAGGUGUACUGGGAAACAAUCUAUAACUCCAGAUUCAACAAGUUGGUUUACUUUGUGCAAACUUCGCCAAUCAAGUUGUACCAUUUUGCAAUAGAAAUGAUUCAGAGAACUAAUAGGGCCGUCUCCUCCAGCUUCCAUCAAGUGUCAGAAAAACCGGGAGUCGAAGAGGACAACCAAGUUUAUGGGACAUGGCUCAGGAUCAACCAUUUUGCAAGAACAAUGACAAAGCUGGUUUUCCAGGCAAUUGAGACAAUUUUUGUUGAGGAUAACCCGGCAAUUGCAUUUUUAUCCAAGCGCGAUGCCUCGAUUGUCUCAUCGUUAAAGUGGUACAUCACUUCGAUUGUCAAAGCACCCAUUACAAUCACCAAUAGAGAAAUCAAGACGAAAUUGAGAGCCAUCAAGAACGAAAUAGAGUUGAAUACAGGUAACAUUGAUAAACUCAUCAAGGGCAACGUUGAAAACUUGUUGCCCACCUUGACAGCCAUCUUGGGAAUUGACAAGGACGGCAAGAACCAGAUACUUCAAGCUGCAGACUCGAUUAUAAAAUUUGACAAAAAGCAGUACUCUGCCACCUCGCAAUCGUCAUUCUUGACUCGAUACUGGCCCCUUCUUUUAGUGGUGCUCAUUUACGCACCAUCUCAAUCGCAAUCGAUGUACAAAAACCGAGAUGAAAUCUUGCACUGGAUCCAAUAUAACGGAAUCGAGCCCGUAAAGGGGUUCUUUGUCAACUGGGUCAUCAAGCCGCUCAAUGAAAUGUUGAACAUAUUGAGAAGCGAUAGCGAUGGAAUCACAAUCACCACCAAGGACUCGCUCAGGUCCGACGUGGAUUCGCUCGAAAAGAUGAUUUUGGAAUUUGCUCACGAUAACCACAUUGACACCACGCCCCAGAUUGUUGCUAGCGAUGUGCAAAACGGCGACUUGAACAUCGUCAUGUCGCGCUAUGAACAGGAGAUCAGGCUGCCUAUCAAAUACAUCAUCUCGGGAUCACUUUUGAGACUAGUAUUGAUUCAAAUGCAAAAAGUUAAAGUUGAUGGCGCAGUAGCCAUAAGUGGCAUCGACAAGCUAAUGAAGAGUCAGCAAUUGGUGUUUGGAAUUGUAUCCAUGAGUCCGUCAAUCAUCAUCCUUUACCAAAUUUACAGCUACCUUACAAGUGCCAGACCAAUUAUGGUCAACGGUAAGCAAUUGAACAUUGUUUGCUUGAAGUGUUUGAACAAUAUAGAAAACUUGCUCAUCAUGUUGCGAAAUGACCAAAUCGAGGAGGAACAGAGUGGGAAAGAUGCCACCGCAGCCGAAAGGAAACAGAGGCAAGCGAGUGAGCGGGCAGAGGCAGAUCUGUAUGAAGGCGAGUUGUUGAUUGAAAUCAUCAAUCUUAUAAUUAGCUCCGAACCCAUCAUCCCCAAGGAGUUGCAUAAGGAUUGGAUCCGCGACUUGAACGAGUUGAAUAAUAGUACUUUUGGACUUGACACGAAAUUGGCAUUGGUGAAUAGGGUGUGGAAUAUGUAUGGUUCUUACUUUAAAUAA